UUCCCUCUCCCACUCACACUCUCUCUCACACACACUCACAUUUUUCUCUUUCCCAUGUCUCGCCUUUAUGCAAUCAUGGGUCCCUUCACACAUUCCACCUAGUUUCUCUUUUUCUUUUCCUAUUAAAUUCUUCACAACCCACACUUCAAACCCAAAUUUCAAACCUCUGUUCUCUCUGUUUUUUUCGUCUCUGGUUUCAUUUUCAUCUUUUGCAAUGGCUGAAAAUUUGGUCGACGGAGAGUUCUGGUUACCACUACAGUUUCUCUCCGACGAUGAAGAUGGUGGCGGGUUAACCACCCCUUCAUUUUCCUCGAAAGAGAAACCUUCUCCGCUCUUCAACAAUGGAGAAGAUACUCUUCCUUAUGGCUUUGCUUCUUUUGAUUUCAGUUCCCCUGUCGACUCUCUCAGUGGUUCAAGCGAAACAGAAAGCGACGAGGAUGAAAAACACAUGGCUGAGUUGACUCGUCGCAUGGCUCGUUCCACCCUCGAAGUUGAUUACAAAGCCUCUGAUAAGAAUUUGGGUCGUUUUGUGUCAGGCUCACCGCAAUCUACACUAUGUGCUUUUGGGAGUAGUUGUAGAUGCCGUAAAUGUUCAAGUUCAAGCCAUGGAAGUCCUAAUGGUGUUUGUGAUGUUUCUUCUUCAAAGGCUACUUGGGAUCUGCUGCAUGCGGCUGCAGGGGAAGUAGAAAGAAUGAGAUUGAACCAGCAAUGUUAUAACUCUCACAACAAACCUUCCCCUAUUACUCUACCCUCCAAAAACAACACCGUUUCCCCAAAUCAUGAAAUGGGUUACUUCACUCAACAUUCACUUUCUCACCAGCAAUUUCAAAUUGCACAAUUUCAGAUGCUGAGACAGCAACAAAUGGUGAAACAGAACUCAAUGUGGGGAGGUGUGCAGAAUCAAUGUGGGGGUGCAUUUGAAAAUCAACAACCCAAUCAUACAGCACAAAACAGAGGAAGAAAUUUCGGUGAUACUAAUGGUGUUGAUGGAAUGAGAAACACAAACACAGGCGCAUUAGGUUUGUCUUCAUCUGCAUGGCCAACACUUCAGCAUGCGAAACAACAACAGUUUUAUAAUCAAGCCAAACAACAACAACAGAUUAACAAUCAACAAUUUGGGUCUGGAAUGAGAGCUGUUUUUCUGGGAAACGGUUCUGGUAGAAGGGAAAGUGCUGGCACUGGCGUGUUCUUGCCUCGUCGUGUUGAUAGUCCUGCUGCAUCACGGAAAAAACCAGUAUGUUCAACUGCGUUGGUUCCAGCUAGGGUGGCCCAAGCCCUAAAUCUGAACCUUGAUGAAUAUGUAGUGGGGCAGCCUCAACAGCACUUGCAUCUGCAUCGUUUUAAUUCCAUCUCUAAUGUGGACAAUGUAGCCCCUCCUAGGCAUAGGGGUAAUUAUGCCCUUUCACAACAGAAGCACAUCAACAACAUCAGCAGGCCACAGCCAGCAGUGAGCAAUGAAAUCAGCCUUCCUAAGGAGUGGACUUACUGAUGUGAUGAUGAAAAAGAAAAAUGGGGUAGGGAUUUUGGGAGUAUUUUAAGGGAUUUGAUGUUACAAUAGUUUAUAGUAGAAGGAAUAGUUAUUUUUGGUUGUUAUGAAAGGGAAGUGAGGUUUUGGGUGAAGAUGUAAGAAAAAAUAGAAGAUAAAUGUUUUUUUUCUUUAGCAAGAGUUUAAAAAUAAUGUUAGGGGUCUCUGGAUAAAAAAAAGUAAUGCGGUUAUGACAGCCUGAAAUUGCAGUGAUAUAAGUUACUUUUGUUCUUUUUGAUGGAGAGUUGUGGUAAGUCUCUUGAGGAAAGACAAAAAUGGUGGAUGGGUCAAUUUUUGCCUUUGUUUUUGUUUGGUGUUAUUAGGGUAAUAGUAAUAAAAAAUGGGUUUGGGAUGACAAUGGAGAAAUUAGGAAGGGAGUGGACCAGAUUUGCAGUGGUUUUACAGAUCCCUUUCUUAUGUAUUUUGUUGGAAAUCUGAUUAUGCCAACCUGUCCACCUUAAUUACUUAUUAUAAAUAAAUAAUACAAGGAAUUUUAGUUAUA